AUGGCCUCGAAACGCAGCUCUCGCGCGUACAGUGACGAGUCGUUGUCCACCGAAAACAGCCUUCCAUACAACCCUCCAUCCUACCGUUCACGCCGCAAUUCUAGAAACUCCAUCAAAGAAGAAAUGUCAGAAACUAUCAUUUCUCUGGAAAAGGAGAAAAUGAGAAAAGGCCUUACCAACGAUGAUGUGGCUGUAAGCGACGUCUUCACUUCUACGCCUAUUCACGCCCCGUUGAAAAUUGUUCCUAUGCACCCCACGUUUACAUCGUCCCCCGCCAUUCCUGCCGCUCCCUUGGAAGGCAGACCACUCAAUUUUGGCGUUGUCAUUCCUGGAGUGUACAGGAGUUCAUACCCCAAGCCCCCUGAUUAUGAUUAUAUCAGGGGACUGAAGCUGAAAACCGUCAUCACCCUUGUCAAGAAGGAUGAGCUGGAUGAAGAGCUACGCUCCUUUACUGUCCAGAACGGCAUCAUGCACAAGAGAAUCUACAUGCAGGGAACCAAGAAGGAGGCCAUUCCUUUGAGUACCAUGACAUCCAUUCUCGAGAUUAUGCUGGACAGGCAGAACCAUCCGGUCCUCUUGCACUGCAACCAAGGCAAGCAUCGCACUGGAUGUGUUGUUGGUGUUGCUCGCAAGUUAUCUGGUUGGUCGCUUCCCACCGUCUUGGAUGAGUACAAAAGCUACGCUGAGCCCAAGAUUCGCGACUGCGAUCUUGAUUACAUCACUGAGUUCCAAACUGCUACUUUGGAGCUUUCUGUCGGCCAACCUGUCACAUUCAGUCCUGUGCAGGUGAGAACUUUUCUCCGCACGCUUUUAUUCUCAUCCUUUGUUAUGGUUAUAUGGCUUGUUUCAGGGUCACAGAUGACGGUGACACAGCCUGUCGAUGCCUAUUCAUGA